AAAUCGGAUUCUCCUCAAUUAUUUUUUUUUAUCAGCGAAUUAUCUUUUUUAAUUUGGAUUCUCGGGGGAAGUCUCGAGAGAUUGGGUCUCUGUGUGUUUCUAUUAUUUCUGAUCCCGCAAUAAAUCUCAAUCGCGAUUUGCUCAAAUCUCUCAAGCCAAUAUCGAUUGUAUUCAGGUGGAUACAAUUUUUCAAAGAGGGAAGGAGAGAAAGGUGAUGCAACGAAUCGUAGAUAACGCUCUCGCUGUCUCCAAAGAGUCCGUGAAAACUGUAACGUAUGAGUCUUUAAACAACAUUGCUAGAUGCAUUAACGGAGUCUCCGCUCUUCUCUUGACACUCCUUCCCGGGAAGGCUAAUAUUCUCGAAGGUCUCCAUGGCUGGGAGCUCAGACCCACUUUGCGUGGACCACGUUUACCUCGGUGGAUGCACAAUGGGGUAUCUUCUUUCAAUCACUUCAUUCACGAGCUCUCUGUGGAUUCCGAUACUUCGAGCUUGGACUAUUCUUCUGGAGAAGAAGAGAGUGAUGGCCCGCCGCCUGCAUCGCCGUCUUCUCAAUGCUCACGCCUCUCUUGGGCCAGUGCUUCUGCUAAAUCCGAAAGACACUGGUCUGACUGGAUUACCUUCAUUCUUUGGUGGUUGAUACUCCCUUUACGGAUCUUGCUAUGGGUACCACAGUAUUUUCUGCGUCUGUUCUUUAAACGAAGCUCGAGAGCUCCCGCGAGCCCAAGAAGGAACCAACAUAGGCCUCGUUUUAGCAAGACUAACUCUAGCAAAUACCAUGAUGUUCCCAACCGUGCUACUGAUAGAAGACGCGGCGUUGUUGAGGAUCUUCAUCUUGCUAUAGAGAUCUGCAUAGAAGCAAUUUUUGAUUUUUUCCACAGGGCUACUCAUCUUCUUCUAUCUCCAUCGGAAGCUAUUGCAAUAAUGUUAUCAUGGUUCUCUCCUUCCAGUCACAGGCGUAAAGAGAAGCAUGGCCACGUUUCGGAUGAUGAAACUGUGCAGACUGCCACUUUAGGAGAUGGUGAUACAUCUCUUACAGAAAGACCCACGCGGCUAUACAACACCAUGAACACUGAUACUCGAACGUGUCAGGAUGUCAUAACAGAGCUGGGGUAUCCUUACGAAGCUAUUCGUGUUGUUACAUCCGAUGGAUAUGUUCUUCUCUUGGAAAGGAUACCAAGGUAUAACCUUCUUGUGACACUCACUGGUGCAUCCUUUCCAUUUUCAUGUAUCAUUGAGUUCUUUACUUCUAUUUGCAGACGUGAUGCAAGGAAAGCUGUUUAUCUGCAGCAUGGGAUAUUGGAUUCUUCAAUGGGAUGGGUAUCUAAUGGGGUUGUUGGAUCUCCAGCUUUUGCUGCAUAUGACCAAGGGUAUGAUGUUUUCUUGGGGAAUUUUCGCGGUUUAGUUUCAAGAGAGCAUGUAAACAAGAACAUAUCUUCAAAAGAGUAUUGGCGAUACUCCAUUAACGAGCACGGUACUGAGGACAUCCCAGCGAUGAUAGAAAAAAUCCACGAAAUCAAAACUUCAGAGUUAAACCUCAGCCAACCUAAUAACACCGAUGAGGAUAUCAACGAGGAGGAGCCUUACAAGCUCUGUGCCGUCUGUCAUAGCCUAGGUGGUGCUGCAAUUCUCAUGUACGUCAUCACUCGCAAAAUCAAGGAGAAGCCACACCGUCUCUCCAGACUAAUCCUACUCUCACCCGCUGGCUUCCACGAGGACUCCAACUUAGGCUUCACGUUGGUCGAGUACAUCUUCCUUUUCGUGAGUCCGGUACUGUCUCGCUUAGUGCCUGCCUUCUACAUACCGACUAGAUUCUUCAGGAUGCUUCUCAACAAGUUAGCGCGUGACUUCCACAACUACCCUGCUCUCGGUGGACUGGUCCAGACUCUGAUGAGUUAUGUGGUUGGUGGAGACAGCUCGAACUGGGUUGGAGUCUUGGGUCUGCCUCACUACAACAUGAACGAUAUGCCAGCUGUUUCUUUUCGUGUGGCGCAGCAUCUUGCUCAGAUCAAACAUACUGGUAAGUUCAGGAUGUUUGAUUACGGGAGCAGGAGGGCGAACGUGGAGGUUUACGGCUCUCCUGAGCCGCUUGAUCUAGGGGAGUCUUACAGGUUCAUCGAUGUUCCUGUGGAUUUAGUGGCGGGGAAGAAAGACAAGGUGAUUCGGCCUUCCAUGGUGAGGAAACAUUACAGGGUGAUGAGAGAAGGUGGUGUUGAUGUGUCGUUUAAUGAGUUUGAGUAUGCUCACCUUGACUUCACGUUCUCUCACCGGGAAGAGCUUUUGGCAUAUGUGAUGUCAAGGCUUCUGCUUGUGGAGCCGACGUCUGUUGAGCGGAGGCAGACGAGUCAGAAAGGUAUGAAGUUGAAGAAGAAGAAAAAGGAAGGUACGGUAGUGCAAGUAGCUUAAACAAACCCAUGAGAAGUGUGGUGAAUGCUCUUUAGGGUUUGGUGUCUUUGUAAUGUGUGAUGUUGUGUGUUUGAGGCUUUGAGAGUCACGUGGUUCUAUGUUGAUGAUCUCCUAUGGAUUAAUAGUGUACAUAAUGUCAAGUGUGAUCUCAUGAUAGAAUUGUUGUCAAGGAUGUUUUUUUCAGCAAUAUCAUACAUGUUUCUA